AUGGACUACGACAGCAACGAAGCAGUCUUAUCCAUCCAGGAUGCCAUCCAGGAUUCCAUACCGACCAAAGGACCAAAGAGCCGCAACGGACGCGGCGGGAAGCGACACGGUGGAGGCCGCGGCCAGCCCCGCGAAGUGCAAGUCUCCAAGGCGCUAUCCAAGCUGCUCCGGCACCAGGCCGACAGCGCAGGCAUCCAGCUCGACGGCGAGGGGUUUGCCCGACUAGACGCCGUCCUGCGCUGGGGGCCGAUCAAGUCCCUCGGCGUAACUGUGCAGGAGGUGCGGGAUGUGGUGGGCAGCAACGACAAGCAGAGGUUUCUCCUCAAGGGGACGGCGACGACGGCAAGUGCCCCCCCGAGCGAGAGUGACGACGCGUCCAGGUAUCUCAUCCGGGCCAAUCAGGGCCACUCGAUCAAGGUAGAAUCGUCUUCCCUGCUGAGACCCAUUGCGGUACCCGAGGACGUGCCUCCCCUCGUCGUGCACGGGACAUACUACGCCUUCUGGCCGGCUAUCGUCGAGGCGGGCGGUCUCAAGGCCAUGGGGCGCACGCACGUCCACUGUUCCACGGGGACCCCCGAAGAUGGGAAGGGCGGCGUCAUCAGUGGGAUGCGGCGCGACGCCGAGCUCCUCGUGGAGAUUGACGUCGCCAGGAGCAUGGAGGAGGGAGGGCUGAAGUGGUGGAGGAGUGACAACGGCGUCAUCCUCUCCGAGGGGGACGACGAGGCGGGCCUCGUCAGCUCAAAGUUCUUCAGGAGCGUCAGGGGGAGGGGCGGGGACGUUGGCGUCCUGUGGGAGAAUGGGCAGUGGGUUGCCGAUCUGCCAGAGGGCCUCAAGAUUCGGGCUCCGCAUGGGAAGGGCAGCGGCAGGGGCGGAGGGAGGCAGGGACAGCGACGAAAGGAAAAGUCGAAUGACGGGCAGCCGUCUUGA